AUGCUAUCGCCCCCCGACGGGCAGAAUAGCAUAUGGCCCUGCUAUUCAUGUUGCCGGCAGGUGUGGGUACCCGAGACUGCUGCGUUCAGUGAUGGCUGCCCGGGUUUAGUGGCUUACAUUCCGGCCCUGGUCGCAAUCGUCGUCGUUCUUGGCCGUUACAGCCUGCGUCCACUAUGGCGGCGGCGUCCCAUCUGGCUGCGCGAUUUUGCUACCGAAAAGGAUGAGUUGGGCCCGGCCACGGGCUGGUCUUUGCCUGAUGAUGACGAAGCUGACGAGGAAGAAGAAGCUGAAGCUCCUUUCUGCAACAGACCGUCACUGGCUGUUGAACCAGAUUCAUUUACCGGGAGAAGCAUCGAGUUCGGGACUACAGCUGAGGUCAUCAGUAAUAACGACAGCGAUGACAGCAAUGAAAUCACCAUUGUCAGUCCUGGCAACAGAUUUACGCUGUCCAAGAUCCGGAUAUGGACGAUGGAAGUAACACUCUUUCUGCUGUCUCUCAUAGGUGUUAUCACUAGCCUGCUCCUCACGUUUGCAGCCGGGUUGGGCCUGCUAUACCUAACACCCCUUGUCCCAUGCCUUGCAUCAUGCUUAUUGCUAGCCAUCGAUCGUCCUCGCACGCUGCCAGGGGCCGUCUACCUGCUUCACGCGGCCACUUUGGCCAUUCAACUGGCCCUACUCCUCGGUGUACCUGAUCUCUACCGCUGGCCUUUGUGCCCACUUUGGCUUUCUGAGAUCAGCGUGACUGGGCUGUCUCUGGCCAUCAUGACCACCAUGCCCUUGCGCGAUCCCAGCCUUGGCAACCGUGCCUCUGGAACAGACGGCGAGACUAUUGCUCUGCCCUUUGAGACACCCUCGAACAAGCUCCGCAGCCCCGAAGACGCCCUGACCUUGUGGCAAUGGAUGACUGUUAGUUGGAUGGGGCCUCUCAUUGGCUUGGGAUAUACCCGGCAGCUGCACAGCGAGGACGUCUGGAACCUCCCCUAUCAAUUCCAACAUGGGCGCCUCUAUCGACUGUUUCAAGACGUCAGGGGAACCGUUACUAGUCGCGUCGUCAAGGUCAAUACCCCGGAUCUAAUCAUCACAUCUGUCCUCGGAAUAUUGGAUUCUCUUCUCUCGAUGCUCCCGAUUGUCUUUCUCAAGGCACUCCUGGCUUCCAUGGAGGGCUCCAACCCCAACGUGCGUGUGGCUACGAUCUAUGCGGUUCUCAUCUGCAUUACAAACCUCCUUCGUUCUCAAUGUGGUGUCUUUUCGCUCUGGUAUGCACGUCGCUGCUACGAGCGGUCGCGUGGUGAGCUGAUCACUAUGAUCUACGAAAAGACGCUGCGUCGAAAGGCUUUUACGUUUCCAAGCCAUACAGAUGCAAGCACGAAAAACGGAGGCGAAGUUGCCGAGGAUCUUGUACAAGGUCCUGCCUCGACUGGCAAGAUUCUCAACCUCAUGCGAAAUGACGUCUACGAGGUGGCCCAGCGCUUCUGGGAGUUUCCCACUCUGUUUACGAAGCCGCUCAACUUUGUCCUUUCCAUGGUACUUCUUUGGCGCAUUCUCGGAGCUGCCUCCUUAGUUGGGAUCCUUGUUGUUGUCAUGGCACAGCUUAUCAACGUCUUUGUUAUUCGUAUCCUUGUCAGAUGGGAGACGGCCCGCCGAGCUGUAACCGACAUCAAGCUUCAGGUGACCUCGCAGUUUAUUGAGUCGAUUCGACACUUACGCUGGUAUGACUGGCAGGACAGGUGGCUGGCCGACAUCCUGAAAGCGCGACAGAAGGAAUUACGUUACCGAGUGAUUACCAAUAUUAUUCAACGGAUCAUCAGCGUUGUCAACCAGAUGUCUGCCAGUUUCUUCCCCGUGGCGGCUUUUUACGCCUAUACCGUCUGGGAGAGGCGGCCUCUAACAGUGGACGUGGCCUUUCCUGCCCUGAAUCUAUUCAACCUGCUUGAACAAAGUUUGCGCGAGUUACCUGAUCUCAUUACGGUGCUUUUGAACGCCACCGUUGCCAUGCGCCGUAUUGAUGCGUUUAUGAGCGAGCCAGAAAAAGAAAGCGAUGGUGCUGCUGAUGUCAUACUAAAGCAGGCUCCCGGAGGCGCCAUAGUGGACGGCAUCUUGCGCCCACCUGGUCCCCUCCACGUGGAGAUCACCGACGGAUCUUUCUCUUGGCCAACAGUGAAGAAGCCUGUACUGACAAAAGUUGACUUGAUCGCCGACGGUGGCAGUUUGACCGUCAUCUUUGGAAAGGUCGGCACCGGUAAGACGGCUUUGCUCAUGUCUAUUCUGGGCGAGAUGGACCAACAUAGCGGCACCCGUUUUGUUCCUCGAGAGACUAUUGGUUACUGCGCGCAGACACCCUGGCUCCAGAGCAUGAGUGUGCGUGAGAACAUCCUCUUCUGCACGCCGUUUGACGAGCAGAGAUACAAUAGCGUCGUCGAAGCAUGCUGCCUGCUGCAGGACUUUUCCGAAUUCGAAGCGGGAGAUAUGUCAAACAUCGGCGAGAACGGUAUCGGCUUGUCGGGCGGCCAGAAAGCCCGAGUUGCUUUGGCACGCGCCGUCUACAGCCGUGCACGCAUCCUGCUUCUCGAUGAUCCUAUUGCGGCCCUAGACCACAACACGGCUGAAUCGAUCAUGAAGAAGCUCUUUACAGACUCGGGGCUCAUGCGAAACCGACUGGCACUUUUUGUCACGCAUCGCUUGGAUCUUGUUGCCGGCUACGCGGACCAGAUCUACGAAGUCAGUGACGAGAACGGCAUCGUAACAAAAGUGGAUAUCGGGACAGUCAGGAAAUCGGCCGGCGUUUCUGCAGCUGCGCCAACAACAACGGCGGACAGCGAGGGAAGCAGUGCUGCUGACGACAACGAGGGCGAUUCGUCACCGGAGAACAAUGUUGCGGGCAAACCUGCGUCAACUACGAAUGGCGCCAACAAAUUUAUCGAAGAAGAGUAUCGCGCCCACGGUGGGGUCAUGAUGUCUGUGUAUUGGCGGUAUGUCAAAGCCGGCGGCCUUCGGUGGUGGGUAUUGACACUAUUCACGUUUAUCGGCUUCCGCAUCGCGAAAAUUGCGUAUCUCUAUUUUCUCAAGAUAUGGGGCGAGGCCUACGACAAAGACGCCACGGCUGAUGCUGCGAUUGAGGCGACACUGACGCUUGUUCCAAGGGUGUUUACAUAUCUGCAACCAUGGAAACAGCUUUUGACUUCUGGGUCACAUGGCGACGAGGACAUGUUCUCUAUCGCGACGGUGGUGAAUCCGGACAACGCAAACACUACGGGCUGGUAUGAGGGUGACUUUGGACUGCCCUCCCCCAUGACCAACGUUGUGCCAUGGCUUCUAUGGCUGACGCUUCUUGCAAUUUUUACACUCUUAUUUCGGACUCUCUCGGACAUCAUCCUGAUCAUCAUCACUUAUGUGGCCGGUAAGAGAGUAUUCCAGGAGGUCAUGGUGCGUGUCAGCACAGCGCCGUUUCGCUUCUUCGAUAUCACCCCUGUGGGCAGGCUGAUGAACCGGGUCACGUCGGAUAUUGGCACCAUCGACGGAGCAGUCGCGCAGCAAAUCCACCGCUGUGCUUGGUUCAUGCUCAACUGGCUCACGUCCAUCUUGGUAAUUGCAACGGCCACGCCAACGUUUCUGGCCAUGGCCGUCUUUAUGACCGUUGCUUUCGUCCUGGUCUUCAUUCGGUUCUUGCCGACAUCCCAGUCGCUGCGUCGUCUGGAAAUGGUCUCGCUUUCGCCUCUCAUGUCCAACUUCGGGACGCUGCUGGAAGGUCUCACAACCGUUCGUGCGUUCAGGGCACAGCCGGACUUCCAAGAGCGCAUCAUCUCCACGACCGACGCCUUCCAACGUAUGGAUCAUUUCUACUGGUCUCUCCAGGCGUGGCUGCAGUGGCGCUUUAACAGUAUGACCGCGUUGUCCACGUUUGCGCUGACAAUAACGGCCCUGGCGACUGGCCUGUCGAGUGGCCUCGUGGCUUUUGUGCUGACAGCUGCGGCCAAUUUUGUCAACUCAACUCAAGUGCUGUGCCGCCGUUACGGUGAGCUUCAGAUGCAGUUUGUCUCAGUUGAGCGGGUCAUUGAGUUGCUCGACCUGGACCAGGAGCCGAUUGGCGACAUUGACCCUCCGGCAGCUUGGCCCACGACAAACGACGACAUUGUGUUUGAUGAUGUGACGGUACGUUAUGCACCGCACUUGGAACCCAGUCUUCGCAACAUCACGAUGCGCAUCCCUGCAGGCUCGACCGUUGCGGUUACAGGACGCACGGGAUCGGGCAAGAGCACGCUUGCGCUGGCAUUGCUCGGCACAGUGUUGCCAGAUAACAAUGAAGCGACGCAGGGAAGCAUUUACAUUGGGGGAAUGGAUGUAGCUAAAGUGAACAAGCAUGCGCUACGGCAGCGCAUCAGCUUUGUGGCACAGGACCCGGUGCUCUUCCCUGGCACGCUCCGAGAAAACCUUGAUCCUAUCGGGCAUCACACGGAUGAGGAGUGCAUUGCCGUCCUGGCAAAGGUGCUCGGCGACGCGACUGGCGAAUUUAAACUGGACAGCCGUAUCGACGGCGGUGGCAAGAACAUGAGCCAGGGCCAACGGCAGCUCGUUGGGCUCGGCCGGGCGGUACUUCGCCGGAGUCCGAUUGUGAUCCUGGACGAGGCUACCGCAUCGAUCGACAAAGCCACCGCCUUCCGGAUACAGGAAGUUCUCCGAGAGGAGCUGAAGCACAGCACUGUCAUCACGAUUGCUCAUCGUUUGGAAGCUGUGCGCGAUGCCGACUUUUCGGUCAUCCUCGAGAAUGGACGCGUUGUGCUCGCAGCUCCCGUGACCGAAUUGUCGUGA